AUUAAUCUUCAUCCACAACAAUCUCAAGCAUUAGCAAAACCUUGCUCAGUAUCCAUUGUAAUGUCUGCUAGUAAGACUUCAUUGGUGCUCUUUCUCUUUGCCUUAAUCGCUAUUUCCGAAAAUCUGCAGAUGGUAUCAGCUUUAGGUCUUGUGAUUGAGGUAUCAGCUCUGGGUCUUAAAUGCGGUGGUGAAGCACUAGUGAUAGUCAAACUACCUCCAGGAGAUUCAUGCGCGGCUGUUAUUCCUCUGCACCCACAGUACUGUGAUAAUCAUUGUCAAAAUGCAUGCCCAGUAGGCCUCAAAUUGGGCGUUGCCCCAUGCGUGGAUAAUCUCAUUUCAGUCGGAUAUGCAUAUUGCGGAUGUUGCUGCAUUCCUAUAUAAUAGACGGAGGAGAAGCAGUACGGUACUACCGCAAACUUGUCCGAUCCAUCACAGCCUCAAACGAAGCCAUUCAGUACGGUCUUACUAAGUGUUGUUUUAUCAUUUUCUAUUAAAUAA